AUGGAGCGAGGCGACUCCCCGACGCCGAGCAGCGGAUCGCAGGACUUCAGCAGCCGCGCACCUCGAAAGUCAGCAUAUCGCCUGUUUCCGAUUGUCGAGCCAACUCCGCCAGGCACUCCAGUGACGCUGCACUUCAAUCAGCAGCAGCGCGCCUCCAUCUCAAAGGCCGCCGCUUCCUCCCGCCGACGAUCCUCAUCUUCCGAGAAUGCCGCAAAAGAGUCGUUCCCAGCAAAGGUGCAUGCGACUGGCCCGUCGAGCACGAUCAGAGACAUGCGGAAGGCCAGUCUGCCAGAGAUACGCCCUCUAGUGACAGUCAACGAGCUUGACGUCGAUGCCAUCGAGGCAGCGCGACUCCCUCGGCCUCACACUGCCUUGGACCGUGCGCCGCAGGAUGAAAACGGUUCAUGUGUCAGGACGGAGGCCUCGCGGACUGAAGUCAGUGAUGCCCAGCUGCGAAACCUUGCAAAGCGACAUGUCAGCCUGGGCACCAAGUCGAGUUCCAAGCCUCCCACUACAGUGUUCGAAUUGCAUUCCCAUGGAGGUCGCUUGCGAACAAGAGAAAGACCAAAUCUGCGCAUUGCCAUCAACAAGGAUCGGUCAGACGACAAGCCGCUACCGCUACCUCCCAAAUCACCAGAGUAUCCCCGGAAUUAUCCUGAGAACACUGCGUCUGUUUCCCCCGCCAGACAGUCUGGUGCGAUUGCGUCGUCCGGCCGUCCAGUCACUCCAGUGCAUGUAGCGCAGCAGCAGUCGGUCACACCUGUCAGCGGGGACGUCAAAGUCGCCUGGCCUGCCGUUCCUGGCCGACGAGCCUCCAUCAAGAGAGCGCCUUCGCCAAUGCAUAAUCUCUUGUCAGGCGACUUGUCAUCGAAGCGCACACCUCGAGCUGGCGACUUCAAUUCAGCGUCGUCCGACGUCUCUGGGCGGGCCACGGCAGCUGUCGAGCAACCGCAUCGCCUGACAUUGCGAAGUCGACUCUUGUCGAGAGAAAAACCGACACAAACUGUUAAUGUGCGACCCACAACUCCGGAAGGGCGACGAACCAAUGCCAGCAAAGACUGGACUGAUCUCGUCCGCUCGGCACCGCUCAUGAAUAGACGUUCAGUGACGCCAGAUCCGUCAUUCGGGCGGCCAGAUGAUGCAGGUAUGCUAUCAGUCAAAGACAUCUUUCUCAACGCUACAAGGCCUGGUUCGUCUCGAAGCGUUCGCGAACACGACAGCACUGCACCGCACCCGACGCUCUCGAAACCGGCUCCAGAGAACACAGUGCCAACAUCGCUGUCGCGAUCUGCUGGUGCAGCACUAGCCGCAGCGAGGGCCAAUGUGGCCGCGCUGCGCAACACAGACUCUCUGGGUGGCAGUCCCGAACAUGUCAAGACUCCCGCCUCGGUCCUUGGCACAUUCAGUCGUUCAACUGCAGACCUGCUUUGUCGGCGCCCCUCUAGUCCUGGACCAGGUGACCCUGUCAUGAUAUUGAAGGAACUAAGCGAGCAGUACGAAACACUACAUGCGCGAUACGCAAGCCUCCGUGCCGACCGACAGAAGCUCUCGAGCAGCAUUAUUGAAUCCUUGAAGGAACAAAAGCCAGGUCCAGACUAUGUGAAUACACUGCUCGCCGACCAGCUUACGCUCGCCGCGACGAGCUCAUCUAUGGAUGUCUGCUUUGCCCGGUUAAAGAGUCUUGAUUGUCGGCGAGAGGAUGCCAUAGCCGCGUUAGUGGCGAAAGCUAGCCAGCUUGAGAUGUCGCCGACGGACAACAUUGCAGCUAUGAUCGCGUCAAUGGCAGUGUCGCGAAAAGGAUCUGGGACGACAGAGUCAAGUCGAUACGCACCCACUGGACGGUCAACGCCGGACUAUGGAGAAGGCUAUGGUUACCAUCGCUCCACGCAGCCGAGUCUACGAACAGUUUCCUAUGGUAGUGAGGGAGAAGGCAUGGAGGAUCGCAGCUCAUCUUUGUCUCGUCAGUCGUCGGCAGGUGGUGAGAGCAAUUACUACGCAGAAAGCACAGAACGACAGGCACCAGAAACGAUACUCGAAGUGUUGGAAAGCCCUCAACCGACUCGAGUCACUCAUGAGCUGGAGACAGUGCACAAUCCAAAUGAAUGGAAGAGCUCACAUCCCUCUCUACCUUCAGUGACGAAGCACGAACCUGUAUGGGCAUUGGACGCUGUUGUUGGAUCUGGAGCUAUCAACGAUACUACGCGUCUGGGCACCUCUGGGUCUGAUGGGUCAUUGGACGCUUUGCUGGGACCACACAAGCCACGAGUCGAAGGUGCGAAAGCAGCAAAGGUUCUCGGCUUGCUGGAUCAGUCGCUGGACGACAAGGACAUCCUUAUGCUCAAGAUCCCAGAUCUUCUCAGUGAUGCGCUCAAAAAGGAUACUAAUGCCGAGCGUGACCGCGAAGACGCAUUCUACAACGCGAAACAACACAGUACUUCUUUGCUCUUGGUAUUGCCUGACGAUGUUGAGGACCCAGUCUCACCAGAUACAGGUGACCUGGAUCUGCAACUGCAAUCAUUUCCCCGGCCACAGCGCCUGUCCUCCCUGCCCUCGCCAAACAAGCGAGAUACGGCUGGCUCCAUGCUCACGAAUGGCUCGUCCGCUGAGUCGUCGAACGGCGAGCAAGAUACCUCGCCACCUCCAAGAUCUGGUCGCGGCAUGACUAAAACAGCCAGCAUUUCGAGUGCAAAAGCUGGGAGGAAACGCGAUCCCUCGGCACACACGAUCCAGGUCUAUCUGGAGCAAGACGAUAUUCUCGAAUACUACGACGGCGCUUACAGAUCACGGCGAACAUGA